UCUCUCUCUCUCUCUCUCUCAACCGUAAUAUCAAAGACUAAUAUAUUUACGGUACAUCUUUCUCUGGGCUCUGAAGAGGACAUUGUUUGCUCUUGGUGUGCGCUCCAAGUUGGGGUUCAAGGGAGAGGAUGUCCACGAAUGAAGAUGGGUAUUUUGAGUACAUGACUGCGGAUGAGGAUGAUGAUGUGGGCAUCAUCACUGAUCAAGUUGAGAAUGAGUAUGAAUUGCUCACUAGAGUAACUGAUACAUCCUCUGAGCAAGCAAGAAGAGGGAAAGAUAUACAAGGGAUUCCAUGGGAUAGAUUGCAUAUCACGAGGGAAAACUAUAGGAGAGCAAGGUUGGAGCAGUACAAUAACUAUGACAAUGUUCAUUCAUCUGGCGACCAGAUAGAUGAGGAAUGGAAGCAAAUGGAGAAGGGUGGUAACUAUUAUGAGUUUCGGUAUAACUCGAGAUUGGCCAAGCCCACUAUUCUCCAUUCACAGAUGAGGAACUUGGUUUGGGCAACUUCGAAACAUGAUGUCUACUUUACAUCAAAUACUUUUGUUAUGCACUGGUCAUCAAUAUCUUGCGAGUUGUCAGAGGCUCUCAACUUUUCCAGACUUGUGGCUCCUUUGGAGAGGCAUCCUGGGAAUCUAAUUGAAGGAAUUUCACGAACUCAAAUUAGUACUCUUGCAGUCAAAGACAAUUUACUGGUUGCUGGAGGUUUUCAAGGAGAACUAACUUGUAAGCAUAUGGAUCGUGCCGGUGUUAGCUUCUGCACAAGGACUGACAAUGCUAUCACAAAUUCUAUUGACAUAUACAGAAAUGUGAGUGGCAGUGUUCGAUUUAUGUCAUCCAACAAUGAUGGUGGUGUUCGUGAGAUUGAUGUGGAGAGGUUUCAGCUCUUAAACCAUUUUCGUUUCCCGUGGCCGAUCAAUCAUACAUCAACAAGCCCAGACGGAAAGCUAUUUAUUGUUGUGGGAGAUGACCGUGAUGGAUUAUUGGUGGAUUCACGGAAUGGAAAGGUCGUGACCUCAUUGGUGGGUCACUUAGAUUACUCAUUUGCUUCAGCUUGGCAUCCAGACAGCCGCACGUUUUCAACAGGAAAUCAGGACAAAACAUGUCGCGUGUGGGACAUCAGAAACCUCUCAUCCUCAACCACAGUUCUGAGGGGAAAUCUCGGUGCAGUGCGGUCCAUACGCUACUCCUCUGAUGGGCGGUUCAUGGUGGUUGCUGAACCUGCUGAUUUUGUUCACAUAUACGACACCAAAGCUGGUUACAAAAUGAGGCAGGAGCUAGAUUUCUUCGGAGAGAUCUCUGGGGUUUCUUUAAGUCCUGAUGAUGAAUCCAUGUUUGUAGGUGUAUGGGAUAGAGUAUACGCCAGCAUGCUGCACUAUAGCAAAAAACAUGCAUAUAAUUAUCUUGAUUCCUUUAUCUGAUGGUUUUUCUGGGCAUUGACACUUAGCAGUGGAGAAUGGACCGCAGGAAGCUGAGGUUUUUGUCUGCUCAGAAGAAAAGGUAUAAUGAAACAGCGUCUUCAAGGAAUGUACAUGCGUAGGAAUGAAAUAAUAUGAUAGUAGAAGCAAGCAUUCAGAAACUCAGUAAGGGAAAUGUUGAUGAAAUUUUUUUGUUUCUUGCUGCUAAGAACCCUCUUACAAAAGUACAUUAUAUCAAUCAAAUGCAAAUUUUGUUUUAGAAUCAA